AGCUGAAUGUAUGGUCUGAAGUAAUUAUGUCUGCAGCCGAACAUACCAUCGACGUCAUUAUACUUGGGGAGGAAGGUAUUGGGAAGACAAGUCUGGCAAGGACCUUAACCGAAGGAGCAUUUCCAGUGGCGGACUCAUUAUUUCCCCUGUAAGUGGUGGAACGUUUUUUGUUCUAGUUAAUCAUUAAAUAGUCAAUGUCUCAUUAAAUUAAUAUUCUGUCUGAAAUUUUAAGAGAAUAUUUUUUCUGCCGAUCAAUGCAAUUUUUGCGUUUAUUAUUUUUAUUUUAAAAUGUAUUAUUAUGUGAGCUAUGACCUUUGAUACUUUUAUACAAUCACUAACAUAAUGAAAUACUAAAUACUAAACACUAAAAAAAUGAAAGAUAAAGGAUAUUGAUCCUUGAGAGUAACACCAACUCUUAAAUUGAUCCUCGAGAGUAACACCAACUCUUAAAUUGAUCCUCGAGAGUAACACCAACUCUUAAAUUGAUCCUCUAGAGUAACACCAACUCUUAAAUUGAUCCUCUAGAGUAACACCAACUCUUAAAUUAAUCCUCGAGAGUAACACCAACUCUUAAAUUGAUCCUCGAGAGUAACACCAACUCUUAAAUUGAUCAUCGAGAGUAACACCAACUCUUAAAUUGAUCCUCGAGAGUAACACCAACUCUUAAAUUGAUCCUCGAGAGUAACACCAACUCUUAAAUUGAUCAUCGAGAGUAACACCAACUCUUAAAUUGAUCCUCUAGAGUAACACCAACUCUUAAAUUGAUCGAGCUCUCAUUGUGGUUGAGAAUUUAACUAGAUCGAGAGUAACACCAACUCUUAAAUUGAUCCUCUAGAGUAACACCAACUCUUAAAUUGAUCCUCGAGAGUAACACCAACUCUUAAAUUGAUCCUCGAGAGUAACAUCAACUCUUAAAUUGAUCCUCGAGAGUAACACCAACUCUUAAAUUGAUCAUCGAGAAUAACACCAACUCUUAAAUUGAUCCCCUAGAGUAACACCAACUCUUAAAUUGAUCCUCUAGAGUAACACCAACUCUUAAAUUGAUCCUCGAGAGUAACACCAACUCUUAAAUUGAUCCUCGAGAGUAACACCAACUCUUAAAUUGAUCAUCGAGAGUAACACCAACUCUUAAAUUGAUCCCCUAGAGUAACACCAACUCUUAAAUUGAUCCUCGAGAGUAACAUCAACUCUUAAAUUGAUCCUCGAGAGUAACACCAACUCUUAAAUUGAUCAUCGAGAGUAACACCAACUCUUAAAUUGAUCCCCUAGAGUAACACCAACUCUUAAAUUGAUCCUCUAGAGUAACACCAACUCUUAAAUUGAUCCUCUAGAGUAACAUCAACUCUUAAAUUGAUCCUCGAGAGUAACACCAACUCUUAAAUUGAUCAUCGAGAGUAACACCAACUCUUAAAUUGAUCCUCUAGAGUAACACCAACUCUUAAAUUGAUCCUCGAGAGUAACACCAACUCUUAAAUUAAUCCUCUAGAGUAACACCAACUCUUAAAUUGAUCCUCGAGAGUAACACCAACUCUUAAAUUGAUCAUCGAGAGUAACACCAACUCUUAAAUUGAUCCCCUAGAGUAACACCAACUCUUAAAUUGAUCCUCUAGAGUAACACCAACUCUUAAAUUGAUCCUCUAGAGUAACAUCAACUCUUAAAUUGAUCCUCGAGAGUAACACCAACUCUUAAAUUGAUCAUCGAGAGUAACACCAACUCUUAAAUUGAUCCUCUAGAGUAACACCAACUCUUAAAUUGAUCCUCGAGAGUAACACCAACUCUUAAAUUGAUCCUCUAGAGUAACACCAACUCUUAAAUUGAUCCUCGAGAGUAACACCAACUCUUAAAUUGAUCCUCGAGAGUAACACCAACUCUUAAAUUGAUCCUCGAGAGUAACACCAACUCUUAAAUUGAUCCUCGAGAGUAACACCAACUCUUAAAUUGAUCCUCGAGAGUAACACCAACUCUUAAAUUGAUCCUCGAGAGUAACACCAACUCUUAAAUUGAUCCUCGAGAGUAACACCAACUCUUAAAUUAAUCCUCGAGAGUAACACCAACUCUUAAAUUGAUCCUCGAGAGUAACACCAACUCUUAAAUUGAUCCUCGAGAGUAACACCAACUCUUAAAUUGAUCCUCUAGAGUAACACCAACUCUUAAAUUGAUCCUCGAGAGUAACACCAACUCUUAAAUUGAUCCUCGAGAGUAACACCAACUCUUAAAUUGAUCCUCGAGAGUAACACCAACUCUUAAAUUGAUCCUCGAGAGUAACACCAACUCUUAAACACAAGCCGUAUUAAUAUUUUAACUCACAAACAAAAAUAUUAUUUUUUAACCAGCAAUCAGGCUGCUAUGUAAAUUUUGUUUUAAUGUGAAAAAGGCAAAGCAGAACCAAAUUAAUACUUAGAAUGGACUUCGAUAGCAACUGACAUUAUACAUUAAUUAUAGUUUUGAAUGUAAUAUAUGUAAAUAUUGAGGUAUCUGAUGAGUACUAUCGCCCCAGGACACAGGCAUGGGUUCAUUGGAAUAGUCAAGUAGUUAUUUAUGCAAAGCAGCUUGUUAUUUACAUUUUGAAAUAGUAUUUGUCAAGUGGCGUGUAAAGCACAUAUUAAGUCAAGGAGGGGGUGGAGAAAAGAAUUAAAAAGUGAAGGAGAACGUGACAUUCAUGCCAGGUGGUCAAUGACAUUCAUACCAUGUGUUAUCAGUGACAUUCAUGCUAUGUGUUAUCAGUGACAUUCAUGCCAUGUUGUGUCAGUGACAUUCAUGCCAGGUGGUGUCAAGGUCCUUUCGUCAGGUUUUCCCAUACCUCGUUUUUAACAAUGUUGCUUGCUGUCUCUCCCACAGCCCACCCCCCUUAUCAACUAUCAACUAAUAAUGACUACUGCUUCCACAUUAGAAUGACCAAUACUUCUACAUUAUAAUAAUUAAUGCUUCUACCUUGCAAUGACGAAAACUUCCACCUUAGAAUGACCAAUACUUCUACAUUAUAAUAAUUAAUGCUUCUACCUUGCAAUGACGAAAAUUUCCACCUUAGAAUGACCAAUACUUCUACAUUAUAAUAAUUAAUGCUUCUACCUUGCAAUGACGAAAACUUCCACCUUAGAAUGACCAAUACUUCAACAUUAUAAUAAUUAAUGCUUCUACCUUGCAAUGACGAAAACUUCCACCUUAGAAUGACCAAACAUUAUCCUUUAAAAUGACCAAUUAUCCUACCUUAGCGUGAUCAAAACUUCUACCUUAACACGACCAAUACUUCUACCUUACAAUGACUAAUAAAUCUACUUUUGAAUGACCAAUACCUCUACCUUAGAAUGACCAAUACUUCUACCUUACAUUGACCAAAACAUUAUACCUUAAAAUGAUCAAUACUUGUCAGUUAGAGUGACCAAUACAUCUACCUUAGAAUGACCACCACUGCACGGGUAAAUUUACAAAAACACAUCACCCACAUUUUUUAGGCAGAGUUACGAACGGAGUAGGAAAGACAUCUUCCACAAGUUGUCCUAUAUUCUCUAGUUUUCCUUUUGUCAAACCUAUUCUCUACUUUGAUUUUUUUCAAACCAAUUCUCUAGUUUUCCUCUUGUUAAACCCAUUUCCUUGUUUUCCUUUAUUCAAACCAAUUCUCUAGUUUUCCUCUUGUUAAACCCAUUUCCUUGUUUUCCUUUAUUCAAACCAAUUCUCUAGUUUUCCUCUUGUUAAACCCAUUUCCUUGUUUUCCUUUAUUCAAACCAAUUCUCUAGUUUUCCUCUUGUUAAACCCAUUUCCUUGUUUUCCUUUAUUCAAACCAAUUCUCUAGUUUUUCUUUUUAUCUAAAUCCAUUCUCUAGGAACGUGGCCUUUCAAGUCUGUUGUACCAACGUGGAGACGAGUCUUUCAGCAUUCGACCAUGUCUAUCACAUCCGUGUUCACGAGCCGUCAGACAGUGCCUCCAUUAAAACAACUCUUAACAAGGUCAGUCUAAAUAUAGCAACACAAAGGUAUGUCUAAAUAUAGCAACUCAUAGGUCAAUCCAAAUAUAGUGACACAUUCAUUGGUGAUCACUUACCAUUUGUUUCUGUAAGGUCUUAAUCGCUUAAUAUUACCAAUAAUUCCAUAACCACUAACUCACAGCCCAUUGGUCGCGAUCCCAAAUAAGGGUAAAAAGGUUGGAAAAGGGGGGGGGGGGCUGUUCUAGAGGGUUGCGACUACAACAGUUCAAGAAAUAAUUAAUAAAUACACAUUGAUAAUUAAUCAGUGUUUAAAAAAGUUGUUGCACUUUGAUUAUAAUUAAAUUUGAAAUAUCAAUUUCCCAUGGAUCUUAAAUCAGUUUUCUUGAUGUGUUUCUUUUUUAAUGUAUCCGGUGCACAGGUAACUUGUCUAACAGACAGCUCUCAUAACAAAUUGCGCUAAGGGCACGUUAUGGUAUUCCAUCUAGACAUCAACCUUAAGCCACAUGAUGCGAUUCUCUCUAGCCACCAAACUAAAGUCAUAUUAUGGUAUUCUCUCUAGCCAACAAACUUAAGUCACAUGAUAGUAUUCUCUCUAGCCAUUAACCUAAAGUCACAUGAUGCUAUUCUCUCUAGCCAGCAACCUAAAGUCACAUGAUGCUAUUCUCUCUAGCCAGCAACAUAAAGUCACAUGAUGCCAUUCUCUCUAGCCACCAACCUAAAGUCACAUGAUGCUAUUCUCUCUAGCCACCAAACAAAAGUCACGUGAUUCUAUUGCCUCUAACCACCAACCUAAAGUCACAUGAUGCUAUUCUCUCUAGCCACAAACCUAAAGUCACAUGAUGCUAUUCUCUCUAGCCCCCAACCUAAAGUCACAUGAUGCUAUUCUCUCUAGAAGGAAACCUAAAGUCACAUGAUGCUAUUCUCUCUAGCCAUCAACCUAAAGUCAAAUGAUGCUAUUCUCUCUAGUCAAAAACCUAAAGUUACAUGAUACUAUUCUCUCUAGCCACUAACUUAAAGUCACAUGAUGCCAUUCUCUCUAGCCACCAACCUAAAGUGACAUGAUGCUAUUCUCUCUAGCCACCAACCUAAAGUCACGUGAUUCUAUUCCCUCUAGCCAUUAACUUAAAGUCACAUGAUGCUAUUCUCUCUAGCCACCAACCUAAAGUCACAUGAUGCUAUUCUCUCUAGCCACUAACUUAAAGUCACAUGAUGCUAUUCUCUCUAGCCAGCAAUCUAAAGUCACAGGAUGCUAUUCUCUCUAGCCACCAAACUUAAGUCAUAUUAUGGUAUUCUCUCUAGCCAACAAACUUAAGUCACAUGAUAGUAUUCUCUCUAGCCAUUAACCUAAAGUCACAUGAUGCUAUUCUCUCUAGCCAGCAACCUAAAGUCACACGUAGCUAUUCUCUCUAGCCACCAACCUAAAGUCACAAGAUGCUAAUCUCUCUAGCCACCAACCUAAAGUCACAUGAUGCUAUUCUCUCUAGCCACUAACCUAAAGUCACAUGAUGCUAUUCUCUCUAGCCAGCAACCUAAAGUCACAUGAUGCUAUUCUCUCUAGCCACCAACCUAAAGUCAAAUGAUGCUAUUCUCUCUAGCCACCAACAUAAAGUCACAUGACGUUCUUCUCUCUAGCCACCAACUCAAAGUCACAUGUAGCUAUUCUCUCUAGUCACCAACCUAAAGUCACAUGAUGCUAUUCUCUCUAGCCAUUAACCUAAAGUCACAUGAUGCUAUUCUCUCUAGCCACCAACCUAAAGUCAAAUGAUGCUAUUCUCUCUAGCCACCAACAUAAAGUCACUUGACGUUCUUCUCUCUAGCCACCAACUUAAAGUCACAUGUAGCUAUUCUCUCUAGCCACCAACCUAAAGUCACAUGAUGCUAUUCUCUCUAGCCACUAACCUAAAGUCAAAUGAUGCUAUUCUCUCUAGCCACCAACCUAAAGUCACAUGAUGCCAUUCUCUCUAGCCAGCAACCUAAAGUCACAUGAUGCUAUUCUCUCUAGCCACUAACCAAAAUUAACAUGAUGCUAUUCUCUCUAGCCACUAACCUAAAGUCACAUGAUGCUAUUCUCUCUAGGCACUAACAUAAAGUCACAUGAUGCUAUUCUUUCUAGCCACUAACCUAAAUUCAAAUGAUGCUAUUCUCUCUAGCCAGCAACAUAAAGUCACAUGAUGCCAUUCUCUCUAGCCACCAACCUAAAGUCACAUGAUGCUAUUGUCUCUAGCCACCAACCUAAAGUCACGUGAUUCUAUUCCCUGUAGCCACAAACCUAAAGUCACAUGAUGCUAUUCUCUCUAGCCACCAACCUAAAGUCACAUGAUGCUAUUCUCUCUAGCCACCAACCUAAAGUCACAUGAUGCUAUUCUCUCUAGCCAGAAACCUAAAGUCACAUGAUGGUAUUCUCUCUAGCCAUCAACCUAAAGUCACAUGAUGCUAUUCUCUAGUCACUAACCUAAAGUUACAUGAUACUCUUCUCUCUAGCCACUAACUUAAAGUCACAUGAUGCCAUUCUCUCUAGCCACCAACCUAAAGUCACAUGAUUCUAUUCUCUCUAGCCACCAACCUAAAGUCACAUGAUGCUAUUCUCUCUAGCCAGAAACCUAAAGUCACAUGAUGCUAUUCUCUCUAGCCAUCAACCUAAAGUCACAUGAUUCUAUUCCCUCUAGCCAGCAACCUAAAGUCACAUGAUGCUAUUCUCUCUAGCCACCAACCUAAAGUCAUAUGAUGCUAUUCUCUCUAGCCACCAACCUAAAGUCACAUGAUGCUAUUCCCUCUAGCCAUUAACUUAAAGUCACAUGAUGGUAUUCCCUCUAGCCAGCAACCUAAAGUCACAUGAUGCUAUUCUCUCUAGCCACUAACUUAAAAUCGAAUGAUGCUAUUCUCUCUAGCCACAAACCUAAAGUCACAUGAUGCUAUUCUCUCUAGCCACUAAACUAAAGUCACAUGAUGCUAUUCUCUCUAGCCGCUAAACUAAAUUCACAUGAUGCUAUUCUCUCUAGCAACCAACCUAAGGUCACUUGAUGCUAUUCUCUCUAGCCACCAACCUAAAGUCACAUGAUUGUAUUCUCUCUAGCCAUUUACCUAAAGUCACAUGAUGCUAUUCUCUCUAACCAUUAACUUAAAGUCAAAUGAUGCUAUUCUCUCUAGUCAUUAACCUAAAGUCACAUGAUGCUAUUCUCUCUAGUCACUAACCUAAAGUCACAUGAUGCUAUUCUCUCUAGCCAGCAACCUAAAGUCACAUGAUGCUAUUCUCUAUAGCCGCUAACCUAAAGACACAUGAGGCUAUUCUCUCUAGCCACCAACCUAAAGUCACAUGAUGCUAUUCUCUCUAGCCAACAACCUAAAGUCACAUGAUGCUAUUCUCUUUAGCUAGCAACCUAAAGUCACAUGAUGCUAUUCUCUCUAGCCAGCAACCUAAAGUCACAUGAUGCUAUUCUCUCUAGCCACCAACCUAAAGUCACAUGAUGUUAUUCUCUCUAGCCACUAACUUAAAGUCACAUGAUGGUAUUCUCUCUAGCCACCAACCUAAAGUCACAUGAUGCUAUUCUCUCUAGCCAGCAACCUAAAGUCUCAUGAUGCUAUUCUCUCUAGCCACUAAUCUAAAGUCACAUGAUGCUAUUCUCUCUAGCCACUAACCUAAAGUCACAUGAUGCUAUUCUCUCUAGCCAAUAACCUAAAGUCACAUGAUGCUAUUCUCUCUAGCCACCAACCUAAAGUCACAUGAUGCUAUUCUCUCUAGCCCCCAACCUAAAGCCACAUGAUGCUAUUCUUUCUAGCCACAAACCUAAAGUCACAUGAUUCUAUUCCCUCUAGCCACCAACCUAAAGUCACAUAUUGCUAUUCCCUCUAGCCAUUAACCUAAAGUCACGUGAUGCUAUUCUCUUUAGACACUAACCGAAAGUCACGUGAUUCUAUUCCCUCUAGCCAUUAACCUAAAGUCACUGAUGCUAUUCCCUCUAGACACUAACCUAAAGUCACGUGAUGCUAUUGUCUAUAGCCAUUAUCCUAAAGUCACAUGAUGCUAUUCUCUCUAGCCAUUAACCUAAAGUCACAUGAUGGUAUUUCCUCUAGACACUAACCUCAAGUCACGUGAUGCUAUUCCCUCCAACCACCUAGGUAAAGGAACAUGUGAGUAGACAGGCAGAGGUGAAAUCGCUCUACAUUUUCUUUUUUUUUUUUGGAAUGUUUCUCUCAAGUUUUAUUUCUGAUUGUUGGAUAUCGUUGCAAAUGAAAGUCUCCUUGACGUAUGCAUAUAAUUAAUUUCGAAAAUAACUAAGAAUUAGUUGACUUAUUCUGUGUUUUACAUUCGAUAUAAUUAAUAUAAAAGAACUGUCAACGCUAAUAACAGAUACUUCCGGUUCACUGGUCACUUGAACAAGAAGCAGUGAAAUAUCUCCACAUAUUCUCAAUUUUGGACUGUUUCUCUCCAAUUUGUUAUUCCUGGAUAUUUGAGUAUUGUUUUGCAGCUAAACUUCUCAAUCAUAACAAUCAAACAGAGUAUCGUGGAUAAAGAAAUAGGACCACAUCACCCAGUUCUGCGAGAUCUCAUCAGCUGUACAAAAGGAUUAGACUUAAGAGCACCAGAGCUAUACCGUAUCUCUGAAAUCCUGCAGGAAUGUCAAUUGCUGCCACAUUAUUAGGAACAGAUGGUGGGGCCUUGCAGAACUGCAGCCCAUUCUUUGCAUAAUUCAGCUGGGAGGGAGUCUACACUUGGAGCUUUGCCAUGACUUGAGGUCAUGCGUAUUUCUUCUAGUGUCUUGAUCAAGGAAGGGCGACCAAUCUCACUGAGUCUAUUCUCUUCCAAAGUUUCCUGACAAAGGCGUUGCCUCAAUCUCAAAGUCUGAGAAUCCAUCGAUAUGAUUUAGUGGGCUUCGAGCCUUUUGGGAUGAAGCGUGAUUUUCGAAUAAACUUUAUUUCUAUGAUUAUUCUCUCUAGCCACCAACAUAUAGUCACAUUUUGCUAUUCCCUCUAGCCACCUAGGUAAAGGAACAUUAUAGUAUUCCCUCUAGCCACCUAGGUAAAGGAACAUGAUAGUAUUCCCUCUAGCCACCUAGGUAAAGGAACAUGAUAGUAUUACCUCUAGCCACCUAGGUAAAGGAACAUGAUAGUAUUACCUCUAGCCACCUAGGUAAAGGAACAUGAUAGUAUUCCCUCUAGCCACCUAGGUAAAGGAACAUGAUAGUAUUCCCUCUAGCCACCUAGGUAAAGGAACAUGAUAGUAUUCCCUCUAGCCACCUAGGUAAAGGAACAUGAUAGUAUUACCUCUAGCCACCUAGGUAAAGGAACAUGAUAGUAUUCCCGCUAUUCUCUCUAGCCACCAACCUCAAGUAAAUCAAAUUGCACUUUUCUUAUUUUAAGGUUCAAAUAAAAGAAAUGACUAUGUAUUAAUUGAAUUAAAAUACAUUCUUUUUUCCCCAAUGGUAUAUUAAGAAAGUUUAAAUAUAUCCUUUAUAUUUGAGUUCAUGCCCAUUAAAAAAAUGUCGUCAGGCCAAGGACUCUUUUAUUCUUUGAAAUUGACUCCCACAGAAAUUGUAAUUGUUCAUUGUCCUUGCAAAUUACACUCAGACCUAUUGACAUAAAUAAUAACCAUCGUACCAUGAACUGACAUGACAAUUUGCAUAUUAUUACCUACUGAAAUGACAUAUUACCAUUUAAUCACCUAUUGCCAUCUCAUAGUACCAUUUAAUCACCAGUUCACAUGUUUCCUCAAUUGAUCAGGCACAAUGUGCUUACCUCUGUUUCGAUGCCAGCUGUCCUGCAACAUUUAACAGUGUCAGGCAGAUAUGGAACCGGCAUGUCAGAAAUAACAAGAAUAAUGUGAUCCUUAUUAUAGUAGGUGAGUAGACGUAACAGGACAUUGUAGUAGGUGUGUAGACGUAAGAGGACAUUGUAGUAGGUGAGUAGACGUUAGAGUACAUUGUAGUUGGUGAGUAAACGUAACAUGCCAUUGUAGUAGGUGAGUAGGCGUAAGAGGACAUUGUAGUAGGUGAGUAGACGUAACAGGACAUUGUAGUAGGUGAGUAGACGUAACAGGAAAUUGUAGUAGGUGGGUAGAUGUAACAGGACAUUGUAGUAGGUGAGUAGACGUAACAGGACAUUGUAGUAGGUGGGUAGACGUAACAGGACAUUGUAGUAGGUGGGUAGACGUAAUAGGACAUUGUAGUAGGUAGGUAGACGUAACAGGACAUUGUAGUAGGUGAGUAGACGUAACAGGAAAUUGUAGUAGGUGGGUAGACGUAACAGGACAUUGUAGUAGGUGAGUAGACGUAAGAGGACAUUGUAGUAGGUGAGUAGACGUAACAGGACAUUGUAGUAUGUGAGUAGAUGUAACAGGACAUUGUAGUAGGUAAGUAGACGUAAGAGGACAUUGUAGUAGGUGAGUAGACGUAACAGGAAAUUGUAGUAGGUGGGUAGACGUAACAGGACAUUGUAGUAGGUGAGUAGAUGUAAGAGGACAUUGUAGUAGGUGAGUAGACGUAACAGGACAUUGUAGUAUGUGAGUAGAUGUAACAGGACAUUGUAGUAGGUAAGUAGACGUAACAGGACAUUGUAGUAGGUGGGUAGACGUAACAGGACAUUGUAGUAGGUGAGUAGACGUAACAGAUCAGAGGUAAAAGUGUCUCACAUGUAUGUCUAAGGUUGACCAGGAUAUCAAAGGUUUUGUUUUGAAGUUUGUCCUGCUUGACGUGAGCUGACACAGGGGGUCACGAAGGUUCAAAUAUUUGAUUGGAUCAUUGAGGCACUUUGUUCUGUUUCUUGUUCUGUUUCUUGUUAUGGUAGGGUACAUUGCUGCAUACACGUACUGGCAUAUGUGCAACUGUUGGGGAAGCGAUGCUGCUAUCCUAACGGCUCCUAGCAGAUGCCAGGUCUGCCUUGAAGCUCUCGAUUGUCGUCCAGUCCACGGAGGCAUUGUCCAGAGGGUUCCAAGCGAUUAUUGUUCGUGGGAAGAAGGAUAGUUUAUAAUUAACUAGUGUAAAAAAGGAAAAUUAGAGAUAAUUUCAUGGAUUCAAGAAGACAGAAUAGAUAUUUUCAUGGUUGUCAAGAUGGAACAUUGGUAAUUUCAUGGGUCAAGAAGCCACAUUAGGUCAUUUAAUAGGAUUAAGAAGGCAAAUUAUGUCAUUUUAGCGGGUCAGUAGGCACAUUAGAUCAUUUCAGGGAGUCACGAAGGUACAUUAGAUCAUUUCAGUAAGUCAGGAAGGCUCAUUUGUUCAAAAGUAAGAAGCUGCAGUAGCUAUUUGAAAGAGAUGCAGUAACUAUUUGAUAUAGAUGUAGUAACUAUUUGAUAUAGAUGUAGUAACUAUUUGAUAUAGAUGUAGUAACUAUUUGAUAUAGAUGUAGUAACUAUUUGAUAUAGAUGUAGUAACUAUUUGAUAUAGAUGCGGUAAUUAUUUGAAUUAAAAAAGACUACAAUUGCCGCGCUCUGUUAUUGACACCAUAAUGUGAUAAGGCUGGUACAAUUGGUGUGUACCCAAACGUUAUGGAAAGUCUGUAGCUUUGAAAACAAAUUAAGAAGGGGACAGGGUGACUGAGGCCUCUAAUAGCGGAAAUAGUCACCCAGUUGGGUGGCAACUUUAUAGACUUCAAUCUCUGUGCUUAUGGUUUACGUCUCGUUUCUGUGAUUAACGCGUAUAUCCCAAUGACAUAUCUGUGCUAGAACGUAUGUGGUAUAUCUAUAUAACAUAUAUGUGCUAAAAUUUAUGGCGUAUAUCCCAAUAACAUCUAUGUGCUAGAGCUUAUGGGGUAUAUGUCAAUUACAUCUCUGUGCUAGAACUUAUGGGGAUAUCUCAAUAACAUUUCUGUGCUAGAUCUUAUGGCGUAUCCCAAUAACAUCUCUGCGCUAGAACUUAUGGGGUAUAUCUCAAUUACAUUUCUGUGCUAGAACUUAUGGAGUAUGUCCCAAUUCCAUCUCAACACUAGAAAUUAUGGGGUAUGUCCCAAUUCAAUACUUCACUAGAACUUAUGGGGUAUAUCUCAAUUACAUCUCUGUGCUAGAACUUUUGGGGUAUGUACCAAUUCCAUCUCAACACUAGAAAUUAUGGGGUAUGUCCCAAUUCAAUACUUCACUAGAACUUAUGGGGUAUGUUCCAAUUAAAUCUCUACACUAGAACUUAUGGGGUAUAUCCCAAAUCAAUCUCGACACUAGAACUUAUGGGGUGUAUCCCAAUUCAAUCUCUACACUAAAACUUAUUGGGUAUGUCCCAAUUCAAUCUCUCCACUAGAACUUAUGGGGUAUGUCCCAAUUCAAUCUCUACACUAGAACUAAUGGGGUAUGUCCCAAGUCAAUCUCUACACUAGAACUUAUGGGGUAUAAUCCCAAUUCAAUCUCUACACUACAAAUUAUGGGGCAUAUCCCAAUUCAAUCUCUGCACUAGAACUUAUGGGAUGUGUCCCAAUUCAAUAUCUACACUAGAACUUAUGGGGUAUGUCCCAAUUCAAUCUCUACACUACAAAUUAUGGGGUAUAUCCCAAUUCAAUCUCUACACUAGAACUUAGGAGUGUGUCCCAAUUCAAUCUCUACACUAGAACUUAUGGGGUAUGUCCCAAUUCAAUCUCUACACUAGAACUUAUGGGGUGUGUCCCAAUUCAAUCUCUACACUUGAACUUAUGGGGUGUGUCCCAAUUCAAUCUCUACACUAGAACUUAUGGGGUAUGUCCAAACAACAUUUCAAUACUAGAAUGUAUGGCGUAUGUCCUUAAAACACCUCUACACUAGAACUUAUUGGAUAUAUCAUAAUCACAUCUCUUUGCUACAACCUCUGGGGUAUAUCUCAAUUACAUCUCUGUGCUAGAACCCAUGGGGUAUGUCCAAAUUAAUCUACAUAAGCUGGUAUGUGUCGGCAAUAUUAGAUAUAACUAUGUACGUGUCGGAAUGUUAGAUGUAACCAUGUACGUGUCGGAAAUGUUAGAUGUAACUAUGUACAUGUCGGCAAUGUUAGAUGUAGCUAUGUACAUGUCGGCAAUGUUAGAUGUAACUAUGUACAUGUCGGCAAUGUUAGAUGUAACCAUGUACGUGUCGGCAAUGUUAGAUGUAACUAUGUACAUGUCGGCAAUGUUAGAUGUAACUAUGUACAUGUCGGCAAUGUUAGAUGUAACUAUGUACAUGUCGGCAAUGUUAGAUGUAACUAUGUACAUGUCGGCAAUGUUAGAUGUAACUAUGUACAUGUCGGCAAUGUUAGAUGUAACUAUGUACAUGUCGGCAAUGUUAGAUGUAACUAUGUACAUGUCGGCAAUGUUAGAUGUAACUAUGUACGUGUCGGCAAUGUUAGAUGUAACUAUGUACAUGUCGGCAAUGUUAGAUGUAACUAUGUACAUGUCGGCAAUGUUAGAUGUAACUAUGUACAUGUCGGCAAUGUUAGAUGUAAGAUUUAAAUUUCUCCAUCAGAAACGAAAUGUAAAGCCCUAACCCGCAUCACAGUUUCCUGUUGUUUUUAGUGCGAAAAAAGUCAACACCUGUGAGAACCUCUGACCCACAUUUGUAGCUUUCUAGAAGCUUCGACAUCUUUUUAAUCUUAUGUCAUAACAUGAGAGGACGAUGAUAGACAAUCAUAAACAAUCAUAAACAAUCAUAAACAAUGAUAAACAAUGAUAAACAAUCAUAACACGCAUAGAAACAUAAGGAACGUGAAAAGGACAUUUAUUUAAUCUUAAAGCCCUUAUUUUAAAAAAUUAAACUUUCUAAAAUAAGAAGCUUCAACAAACUUUAAAAAAGAUCGUGGCGAAAUUCUCAGGAGAGUUUUUAAAUCUUUCCAACGAAAAUAAAUGCUCGAUAAACUUUUCAAUCUUACUGGCAUUGUCAUAAUCUUUACAUCUAGAUCGAACAAUAUAAGACAUGAUGGAAAAUGUAUAUUUUUAUAAAACUUUAAAAUCAUUUGUAAAAAAUGAAUCUUCUUUAUGUAGUCAUUAUUUCAAGGAUACCCUCUAACUCCUAAAUCUGUGGUUUUCAAUUCAAGUUCAAAAAGGUACCGUAGGGAACAUGUCCUAUAAUGUGAUGUUUUAAUUAUCACUAAAUUGGGGACAUGUCCUACAAUGUGAUGUAUUAAUUAUCGCUAAUUUGGGGACAUGUUCUAUAAUGUGAUGUAUUAAUUAUCGCUUAUUUGGGGACAUGUUCUAAAAUUUGAUGUAUUAAUUAUCGCUAAUUUGGGGACAUGUUCUAUAAUGUGAUGUAUUAAUUAUCGCUAAUUUGGGGACAUGUUCUAUAAUGUGAUGUAUUAAUUAUCGCUAAUUUGGGGUCCCUGAAUAAUUAUUCAUCAGAUAAACUCCCAAGUUAAAAUUUAAAAGUUGUCUCAUUAAAAUAUGUUGAAAAUUGUAAGAGAUAUAGUGAAUAUAAGGACAAUGUAAGAGAUAUAUAGUGAAUAAUUUGGGGACAUGUUCUAUAAUGUGAUGGCCUCACAAUGAAAUGAGUGUCAAUGGUCUCACAAUGAAAUGAGUGUCAAUGGUCUCACAAUGAAUUGAGUGUCAAUGGUCUCACAAUGAAAUGAGUGUCAAUGUCCUCAAAAUGAAAUGAGUGUCGAUUGCCUCACAAUGAAAUGAAUGUCAAUGACCUCACAAUGAAAUGAGUGUCAAUGGCCUCAAAAUGAAAUGAGUGUCAAUGGCUUCACAAUGAAAUGAGUGUCAAUGACCUCACAAUGAAAUGAGUGUCAAUGGCUUCACAAUGAAAUGAGUGUCAAUGGCCUCACAUUGAAAUGAGUGUCAAUGGCCUCACAAUGAAAUGAGUGUCAAUGGCCUCACAAUGAAAUGAGUGUCAAUGACCUCACAAUGAUAUGAGUGUCAAUUGCCUAACGACAGUUGUGAAAAUGAUGAGUUCAAAGCCCUCCAGUUUUCAAAUAAAGAUUUUUCAAGUGCUGUUGUACCAAGUUUUGUCUAGAUCUAUUCAUUAAGUAGCAUUUUAAUUACGUUUAAUUAUGUUGUUUAUGUAGCUCAUAUAAGAAAAAAACAACACCUAAUCUUUCAUCUUGUUAGGUUGGAUAACAAACAAAAUGUAUUUAAACACAAAAAAAAGUUGAAGAAGGGGAUCCCCCCCCCCCCCCCCCCCCCCCCCCCUCCACAACAACAAUUAAAAGAGUUAACGAUAUGUAUUGUAUCAAGUUUGCUCCAGAUGCAAGUAUUUACUUGUAAUAAUGUCAUAUUGACCUAAGCCGUGGUGUAAGCACAUAGCUGUGGUCAUUUUGACCAAAAACUUGAUGUAAGCCUUUAGCUUUGGUCAUUAUAAGGAAAUACAUUAUAGAAUCUCAUUCAAUCAGUUGAAACUUAAAAUCUGAUUUUGAAACAUUUGAAGAAAAUUAUAGAAAUGUGUAGGAACACAAGAAACAAAAUAAGGAAAUCUUUAAGACGUCCAACUCAAUAUCUGAUGUCAUUCAAAAAUAUACCUAGACUCACCUAUUGCUUUUGAAAUUUAAGCAUCUUUCACUGAAUGUGCAAACUGUAAAUAAUUUUAUGUAAAAUUAUAAAUCUGCAAUAGAUUGAAACUGUUGCGCGUGUAACAAAUGACGUCAUUGAGACAUGGCUAGCCUCAUAAAAUGCACCGAACCAGGGAGUGACGCAGUUUUACAAAAUGAUGUUUUUGGGGCUGAGAAAAAAAUUGACGAUUCUCUUUUUCCCCCUGUUACGUACUGAUAGGAUGUGUUGAGAACGUAAUCUCCUAUUUUACUCUAUCGAUCGUGUCAAACAGUCCAUAACAAAAGGUGAUACCAUAACUAAAUACAGUAAUAAAAAAACGAUACUCAAAGAAGGGUUACCUACAAAUAAUAAUUUAGUAAGUUAAUUUAAAAAUUACAAAACCAAAUAGAAUAAAACUAAGGCUGUUCCCUUACAUUACAGCAAUAAACUUGUACCGGUAAAAUGUUUUAAGGUACCACGCAUACACAGUAAAUGUAGUGUACACUAUCUACGGUCAGUACGGUAUGUCAAUCUAACAAUCUUGAUUCGAAGUCGCAGGCUCUGUUUGUCUUGCAGCCUCUCUCUUGCUCACACCGCUCCCUAUGUCCAUGGACUUAUUUAUAGUCUUUCGUAGAGACUUUCUCCAGAAGGGGGUUACACCAGUGUUUCGGUAUCUUGACCUGCCUCGUAAGUUCUAAGGAAUCUCAUUCUUAAGACUAGGUUUUCACGUAGUCGAGGUCAAGGGAAACUAUUUAUAAUUCAACCACGCCAAUUGUGUUGCUAAAGUGGCAUGCAUGAGAACACAAACAAUGAUGUUAACACAAUGUAAACAAAGCCUACUUCGACGGCAACACCCUUACACAUCUACUUUAUAAUGAUAUUGGGAAUACAAAUUAAUGAACGGAGUGUAAGCUUUUAGGUACCCAAACUGAAGCUUUAAGCACGCCCUGGAUUUAUGCGAUUAUUCUAAGGAUGUAUUUCUGUUUGAAAAUCACAAAGAAUAAAUAUUUAUUUAAAAUUUGCUCACCAAAAAGAAGUUCAUGAUAAACCUUCCAUUAAUACAUGUUUGAAAGUUCACCAUUCUGAAUACAAGUUUCUUUUAAACAUGCGUACUUCGGAACCAUAAGAAAACUCUCAUUUUUACUCUUAACCCUCUAUAUUUUACGAUAGUUUACAACAUUUGACAUCAGGUGAUUAUGAUCCAACUUUCUAGGAAGUCUCUGUUGGUCAGGAGGAAUGACCAGGUCAAAGUUGGUUGCAAUCCAUUGUUUGGUUUCCCUGUGAUGGAUAGGACCAUUGACUGACAGAUCGUAGCCACACAGAGCUUUAUACAGUAGAUACAUAGUUCAGGGGAGGGCACUUUUAAAGUAGUUCAUGUUUAAAUUGAGUUAUCAAAGAUGACAGUACUUUCAUUAAAGGACAUAGUCAAUAAUUUAUUUAAUAGGUAACGCCUUUGUAUGUGUAUUAAUGUGUUAAACACUUAGUUAUUGUAAUUACAAAGAUACAUAACAUUCUAUUCAACACCUGGGCAGGAGGUGACGGCAUCAAUUAAAAUUAUUUUGCAGGUCUCAAACAUGAUCUUGCUUGUGACGCAGGUACACAUCAACUGCUGACGUCAGAGGGCUUGCAGCCUAUCACUUUGGAACAGGGGCAGAUGUUGUCACGUGAUUUAAAGGCUUCCGGUUAUGUGGAAGUUUCAUCUUUAAGAUAUAUGGGCAUACAGACCGUGAGUUGAAUUUCCUUUUGCUCUUUUUUUAUUGAUUAAAAAAAAACAACUUGCGUCUGGUAUAUUGUUGGUCUUCUGACGUCGUACAGAUAACUACAAAGAAAAGUUAUGUGUCACACAAGUUAUUGAUUCAUUUCGAAACGAAUGUUUGAAAGAAGGUUUCAACAAAUCGUUUAACUUAUAGGGUCUACCUGCUUUUUCACCAACACACCUCCUCUUACCACACAAAUCUUUUCCCCAUCACACCUCCUCUUACCACACACAUAUUUUACCCACCACACCUCCACUUACCACACCAAUCUUUUACCCACCACACCUCCUCUUACCACACCAAACUUUUACCCACCACACCUCCUCUUACCACACCAAACUUUUACCCACCACACCUCCUCUUACCACACCAAACUUUUACCCACCACACCUCCUCUUACCACACCAAACUUUUACCCACCACACCUCCACUUACCACACCAAACUUUUACCCACCACACCUCCACUUACCACACCAAACUUUUACCCACCACACCUCCUCUUACCCCACCAAACUUUCACCCACCACACCUCCUCCUACCCCACCAAACUCUUACCCACCACACCUCUCCCACCACACCUCCUCUUACCUCACCAAACUUUUACCCACCACACCUCCUCUUACCACACCAAUCUUUUACCCACCACACCUCCUCUUACCACACCAAACUUUUACCCACCACACCUCCUCUUACCACACCAAUCUUUUACCCACCACACCUCCUCUUACCCCACCAAUCUUUUACCCACCACACCUCCUCUUACCACACCAAUCUUUUACCCACCACACCUCCUCUUACCCCACCAAACUUUUACCCACCACACCUCCUCUUACCACACCAAACUUUUACCCACCACACCUCUUCUUACCACACCAAACUUUUAACCGCCACACCCCCUCUUACCCAACCAAACUUUUACCCACCACACCUCCUCUUACCACACCAAACUCUUACCCACCACACCUCCACUUACCACACCAAUCUUUUACCCACCACGCCACCUCUUACCACACAAAACUUUUACCCACCACACCUCCUCUUACCACACCAAACUUUUACCCACCACACCUCCUCUUACCAAAGAAAACUUUUACCCACCACAUCUCCUCUUACCCCACCAAACUUUUACCCACCACACCUCCUCUUACCACACCAAACUUUUACCCACCACACCUCCUCUUACCACACCAAACUUUUAUCCACCACAUCUCCUCUUACCCCACCAAACUUUUACCCACCACACCUCCACUUACCACACCAAACUUUUAUCCACCACACCUCCACUUACCACACCAAACUUUUACCCACCACACCUCCACUUACCACACCAAACUUUUACCCACCACACCUCCUCCUACCACACCAAACUUUUACCCACCACAUCUCCUCUUACCACACCAAACUUUUACCCACCUUACCUCCUCUUACCCCAACAAAAUUUUACCCACCACACCUCCUCUUACCACACCAAACUUUUAUCCACCACACCUCCACUUACCACACCAAACUUUUACCCACCACACCUCCACUUACCACACCAAACUUUUAUCCACCACACCUCCUCUUACCACACCAAACUUUUACCCACCACACCUCCACUUACCACACCAAACUUGUAUCCACCACACCUCCACUUACCACACCAAACUUUUACCCACCACACCUCCUCUUACCACACCAAACUUUUAUCCACCACACCUCCACUUACCACACCAAACUUUUACCCACCUUACCUCCUCUUACCCCAACAAAAUUUUACCCACCACACCUCCUCUUACCACACCAAACUUUUACCCACCACACCUCCUCUUACCACACCAAACUUUUACCCACGACACCUCCUCUUACCACACCAAACUUUUAUCCACCACACCUCCUCUUACCACACCAAACUUUUACCCACCACACCUCCACUUAACACACCAAACUUUUAUCCACCACACCUCCACUUACCACACCAAACUUUUACCCACCACAACUCCUCUUACCACACCAAUCUUUUACCCACCACACCUCCUCUUACAACACCAAACUUUUACCCACCACACCUCCUCUUACCAAAGAAAACUUUUACCCACCACACCUCCACUUACCACACCAAACUUUUACCCACCACACCUCCUCUUACCACACCAAACUUUUACCCACCACACCUCCACUUAUCACACCAAACUUUUACCCACCACACCUCCACUUACCACACCAAACUUUUACCCACCACACCUCCUCUUACCCCACCAAAAUUUUACCCACCACACCUCCUCUUACCACACCAAACUUUUACCCACCACACCUCCACUUACCACACCAAACUUUCACCCACCACAUCUCCUCUUACCCCACCAAACUUUUACCCACCACACCUUCUCUUACCUCACCAAAAUUUUACCCACCACACCUCCUCUUACCACACCAAACUUUUACCCACCACACCUCCUCUUACCACACCAAACUUUUAUCCACCACAUCUCCUCUUACCCCACCAAACUUUUACCCACCACACCUCCUCUUUUUCAAAACCACAUUAAUUUUGAUCGUCCACUGGUAUCAGCCACUGGUAUCAGCCACUGGUAUCCAGGAUUCUUUGUUAAGGACUCACUUGAAACUUCGGACACUGACUGAUAGCUUUGUUUAGUUUGUAAACAAUGUUUACUUUAUUUCUACUUAUAAUUCAAUAUUUGUUUCAGUUGAAAGAAACAACAGUUUUUGAGUUUGUGGCUAACAGCAAUUUGAAGGAGAAGAAACGCUGUACAGUAAUGUAGUCCGUGUGCCCAACAGCAAGUUGAAGGACAAGAAACACUGUACAGUAAUGUAGUCCGUGUGGCCAACAGCACGUUGAAGGAGAAGAAAGCUGUACAGUAAUGUAGUCCGUGUGGCCAACAGCAAGUUUAAGGAGAAGAAACACUGUACAGUAAUGUAGUCCGUGUGGCCAACAGCAAGUUGAAAGAGAAGAAACGCUGUACAGUAAUGUAGUACGUGUGGCCAACAGCACGUUGAAGGAGAAGAAACGCUGUACAGUAAUGUAGUCUGUGUGGCCAACAGCAAGUUGAAGGAGAAGAAACACUGUACAGUAAUGUAGUCCGUGUGGCCAACAGCAAGUUGAAGGAGAAGAAACGCUGUACAGUAAUGUAGUCGGUGUGGCCAACAGCAAGUUGAAGGAGAAGAAACGCUGUACAGU